AUCAUGGUGCAUUUUAGUGCCGAGGAGAAGGCUGCUAUCACUAGCCUGUGGGGCAAAGUGAAUGUGGAAGAUGCUGGAGGCGAGGCCCUGGGCAGGCUCCUGGUUGUUUACCCCUGGACCCAGAGAUUCUUUGACAACUUUGGCAACCUUUCCUCUGCUUCUGCCAUAAUGGGUAACCCCAAAGUCAAGGCCCAUGGCAAGAAGGUGCUGACUUCCUUUGGAGAUGCUAUUAAGAACAUGGACAAUCUCAAGGGCACCUUUGCUAAGCUGAGUGAGCUGCACUGUGACAAGUUGCACGUGGAUCCCGAGAACUUCAGGCUCCUGGGCAAUGUACUGGUGAUCAUCCUGGCUUCUCAUUUUGGCAAGGAAUUCACCCCCGAUGUGCAGGCUGCUUGGCAGAAACUGGUGGCUGGUGUUGCCACUGCUCUGGCCCACAAAUACCACUGA